CAUUAUGGGGGAUUUUUUGUGAGGUAAGUGGACUGGCCCUUUAAGAGCGGUUCGGCUGUAAACACACGCAGCAGGCCAGCUCAGCGCUGAUGACAUCAUAGUAGUAAUAAUAAGAGUAAUAAUAUUCAUGACACUGUAAGAAAUGUUUACUAUAAAAUCUCCUGUUAUUGAGCUGAACAGCGCGCGCCCCAUCGCAGUCUGAACGUGAUUGAUUAUCAGCUUGCAUCAUCAGCUCGGUCCGGUCGCCCAAGCCCCGCCCACCCCCGCGAUUAUGCGACGCUAUUGGUUGCUAUAGAUAGCAGCUGCUCGCGCUGUGCACUGAUUGGCGGGAGCGCGCUGGUCAAUUACGUCAUGCUUUGAUCCCCAAACAGCGCGCGAUGGCGCGGCGGAACGGCUGAUCGGCGGCGCGAGGAGCGGUCAGCCCGGAGCAGCAAUGAAGGCGGGGGCGUCGUCCAUGUGGGCGUCGUGCUGCGGGUUGCUAAAUGAGGUGAUUGGUACCGGGUCGGUGCGCGGGCAGCAGCCGGGGUUUGGUGGAGCUGCCGGACCUUUCCGCUUCGCACCGAGUGCCGGGUACUCCACCUACCCCCCGACCCCCAGCCCAACCGCAGCCAACGCUGCCGCCGGCCUGGUGUGUAAAGCCUGUGGACUUGCCUUCUCCGUCUUCAGACGCAAGCAUGUGUGUUCGGACUGUAAGAAGAGUUUCUGCUCACUGUGCUCAGUGCUGCAGGAAAACCUGCGCCGUUGUGUUACCUGUCACCUGCUGUGGGGAACAGCGUUCCAGCGGCGGCGUUUGAUGCGUCUGCGUGUGAAGGACCUGCGGCAGUACCUACGUCUGCGCAACAUCAGCACCGACACCUGCAGGGAGAAGGAGGACCUGGUGGAGCUGGUGCUCAGACAUCUGGGGGCGGAGCUUCAGCUACCAGAGGACCAGGAGGACCAGGAGGAUCAGGAGGAAGAGGAGGAAGAGGAGGAAGAGGAGGAGGUGGCAUCAGACAGCCUGCACCUAGCCCCGCCCACAGACCUUUCCUCACCCCCUGCAGCACGCUCCACCUCUCAGCAGUCUGUCUCUGCACUUUCAGUCUCCGCCUCUCAGGGAGAAACACCCAGUCCCAGCAACAGCUCAGGAACCAGCCAGGUUUGUGUGUGUGUUCAGGAACAGGGCGACAGUGCGUCUGUCUCUUUGCUGACCCUGGAACCCAGUGAACGUUUACUAGAGUCCAGUCCGGUGGUGCAGCGGCGGGCGCGGGCGUCUCUCUCUGACCUGGCGCGGGAGGAGGAUAUCGAGGUGCUGACGGUUCGGCAGCUAAAGGAAAUCCUGGCGCGGAACUUUGUAAAUUUCUCGGGAUGCUGUGAGAAGUGGGAACUGGUGGAGCGAGUUCACCGACUUUACCGAGAGAGCCAGAUCAACCGCAUCUCCCUAGAAAAUGUUAGCAGCAGCAGCAGCAUCACAGCAGUUGUGGCGUAUCCUCAUCCAAUAUGCGACGGAGAAGCAGCAGACGCCGUUGCCGUGGCACCGCUGGGUGCAGUGGAUGAGAACCUGUGCCGGAUCUGUAUGGACGCUGUGAUCGACUGUGUGCUGCUGGAGUGCGGUCACAUGGUUACCUGCACCAAGUGCGGCAAGAGAAUGAACGAGUGUCCGAUCUGUCGGCAGUACGUCGUCAGAGCCGUGCACGUCUUCAAAUCUUAACACACACACUCUCAGCUCCGGACUGCGAGGAUCAGCAAAAUACUCUACAGUACUACUGCUGGACAGUGCGCCUCUGAUGAUCAGACUCCAAACACGUUCUCUGUUCCCGUCACCAGACCCCAACCCCAGCGAGUGUGUGUGUGUGUGAGAGACCCAGAGCACUCUAGUGUGCGAGACCUGGGGCACGCAAGUGUAUGUGAGUGUGUGUGACAUGGGGAGCUCGAGUGUGUGUGAGCUGGGGUGCGCUAGUGUAUUUGUGUGUGUGACGCAGGCGCACAAGUGUAAGUGAGUGUGUGACCCAGGGUGCAUAUGAGUGUAUGCAAGUGUGUGUGACCUGGGGUGCACGAGUGUGUGUGAGCCAGGUUGGCUUGGUCUAGUCAUUAAUAAAGAGUCUGAGAUGAUUUAUGUUUAUGUGCAAUAUUAGAAAAUAAACGGAGCGUGAGCUAACAACGCUAAUCACCCACAGCAGGACUGUCGCUGUACCUUACAGAGGUGCCAAACAUGGAUCGAAGCUUAGUGAACUGUGCGUCAGGCUGAUCUGAGUUCUCUCCACUGUGUUGUUUUCUACAUCAUUGCUCAGUGCUUUAAAACCCUCAGCGGUAUAACAGUUUCAGCACACCUGCACCAGGUAACUGAAGAUUUCUCCACUUCCUGUUCAGCAUUACACCUGAACUCCGCAACAGGGAGCCAGAAAGUCUUUGUUCCAUACAGCCAGAAAUGUUCAUUAUUAUUGAGUUAAUUCAUUAUUAAAUUAAUCGUUAAAGUUUAAAUUUACUGAAUGGUUGCCAGUAUCGCUACUACACCCCCCCCCCCCCUUUCUUAACUGACUAGGCCCCCUUUUUAUUAAUGGACUGCGCCCUCCAUUUAUUAAUGGACUGUACCAUCCCACUUCACCCCUAUUUAUUAAUGGACUAGGCCCUCUGUUUAUUAACAGACUGUACCACACCCAACUCAUAUGUUUGUUAACGAACUAGGCCCUCCGUUUAUUAAUGGACUGUACCCCAUUUAUUUUAGAGUUUUAAUAUGCUAAUUUGCUAAUCUGUAUUUUAUUUCCCUGUGAAUGUUUUUGAUAUUAAUAUUUUUCCAGCGUUGUAUUGAGUAACUCUGUACGCUGUAUCUGUUGUCUGUGUUAUAGAGCUGAUCUAAAUCUAACUGUACAGUAAAUCUUCACUUUUUUUAUAAAA